AUUGACAUUUCAAUGAUGGGGAUUCUAGGAUGACGCUACUUGACUAAUUGGGCUUGAUUUGUAUAAAUGAGUGGACAUUCUGUAUUUCACCAAUAUGAAGGUCUUUCUCGAGGGGUCUUAAGUCCAGUUAAUUAUGUCAGAUGUCAACAAAUCAAUCAACACCUAGUCAAUAGACUAGGUUUAGAAACUAGCCUUCAGGGUCAUCAUGGUUGUGUUAACUGCUUAGAAUGGAACGAGCGUGGUUCCUAUCUUGCUAGUGGUUCAGAUGAUCGGCGUCUAAUUAUCUGGGAUCCAUUUGAACGUAAAUCUCUUUUAACAAUGAACACUGGUCAUAUGGCGAAUAUAUUUUCUGUUAAGUUCUUAUCUAGUCUAAAUGAGAAUCUGAUUGUAACGGGUGCAGCUGAUAACAAAAUUCGUGUACAUGACAUUAAAGCACUAGAAACACGGCAUGUAUUUUCUUGUCAUUCAGGUCGCGUUAAACGAUUAGCGAAUACUCCAUCUGAACCAUUCUUAUUUUGGUCAGCCUCAGAAGAUGGGACCUGUAGACAGUUUGACUUACGAGAUCCUGAUCAGACUUCUGUAAAUAAACCAUGUAAUGUAUUAGUCAAUUUACGAUUUCAAGAUAACGUUUUUGCCGAAGCUAAGUGUAUUGCAGUAAAUCCAUUAAAGUCUGAAUUGGUUGCUAUCGGUGGGAAUGAACCAUUUGUACGAAUGUUUGAUCGGCGUAAAUUAACACUUUCUACGUAUGAUAGCGUUACACCACAGGAGAGAAUACAAGCUGCAUCAAGGAGAACCCCUAUAAACAUUCCAUCGAGCUCGCUGCCUUCAUUUCCCUAUGGUGCAGCUAAAUAUUUUGUUCCAUCUCAUCUACCUGGUAAAAUAUUAACUGAUGGUUUAGACAAUCAAACUUUCAGUGUAACAUCAGUCAGUUUUAGUUCAGAUGGUGAAGAACUAUUAGCUAAUGUUGGACGUGAUAAUAUUUAUCUAUUUCAUUUAGCUUCACAAAAUGAACCAUUUCAAUGUCAAUCAUCGUUUAAAUCAACUAAAUUAUUGUAUAGUUUAUCUGCAACGCAACCAAGGGAUAGGUUUUGUUCUUUUCGUAUUCCUACCUGGUUUCGUCCUUCAAAUAUGGGAUAUUAUGAUUCUCAUUCGGGUUCAACUUAUGAUUACCGUUGUAAUCCUUCUAUGGCUUCUGAUUACUCAGUCGUACUGGCUUCACGAUUAAUUGAAGCCAAGGCGUAUGCUGUUGCAGUUCAUAAGUAUAAUAAACUUAUUCAACAGUAUCCUUUCUGUCCUCAACUGUAUACAGGUCGCGCUACUGCUUUAAUUAAAAGAAAUUGGAAUGGCGAUAUUUAUAAUGCGCUAUUGGAUUGCCGAAAUGCUAUCCAACUGACUACUCAAAGCAACAAUGAUUCUGUCAGCAUCCAAAAUAACGAUACCAUUAAUAAACAUCAAUUGUUAAGCAGUUCCGUUUACCUUACAGCUCUAUUACUUUCAGUUCGAUGUUUAUUAUGUUUGGAUUGGUUAAAUGCUGCUCGUAUUCAGCUCAAACAAGCACUGGACAGCUUUCCCAAUCUCUUCAAAACUAUUACGCAUCAAAAGAUUUCGGAUAAAGCGCUUAUUACACCUACUGUCAUCGCUUCUUCUUCUUCUUCUUCUUCUUCUUCGUCAUCUGCUAGCGCACCAACAAUCAAUACCACUGAUACAAAUCCGUCCAAGUAUAUUUGCAAAUCAGAUAACCUGGUUAAAGUGUUCGAACAUUUAAAGUCUACGUUGUUGGCGAGAGAAAAACAAUUAGAAUCACAAUCUAACAAGUCGAAAAGAAAAGGAAAGCAAGUUAGUGGAAAAAAAACAUCAUUACAUGAUAAUUAUGAUAACAACGAUACCAAUGAUGAUAAUGAUGAUGACGACAAUGAUGCCAAAGGAUCUACAAUACCAAGACCAGAAACUUUAUCUUUCUUGAAAUGCGAUAACAUAUGUGAACAAAUAUCUUCAGAAUCUUGGCAUCGUCCCAGUCUUGACAAUCAAAUAAAUCCAAGACUAUGUGCUUGUUUAAACUGCUCAUGUAAUCGAAUGUGGAUAGAAGAGGAUGAAAGAGAAAGGCGAAAAAAUGCCAUCGACUUUUCAGCAUCUUAUAUUGGUCAUUGCAAUUCAAUAACAGAUAUUAAAGAAGCAAAUUUCUUUGGGAGCUAUGGGCAAUAUAUUGUCGGUGGGUCUGAUUGUGGUGCAUUUUUUAUAUGGGAUCGUAAUACAACUAAUAUAAUGCGUAUAUUGAAAGCUGACAGUUCUACUGUGAACUGUGUUCAACCUCAUCCAUCUAUUUGUUUGUUGGCAAGUUCCGGAAUUGACUCUGUUGUAAGACUAUGGUCACCGAAUUGUGAAGAAGACCCUGAUCAAUCACGAGUUGUUAGAGAUCAAGUUGGAGCAGCCGAACGGAAUCAACAACGUUCUAACGCUGAUCCUCUGGAAAUAAUGUUGUUAAAUAUGGGUUAUAAUUUUCGUGGUCUUGAUUUUGAUUCUAAUAGAGCUAGAAGAUCGAGAAAUCGCGAUUGUACUGAUGAACGGAAUAACGAAGAAGAGAAUGAAUCCAGUGAUGAUGACGAUGAUGAUCAUAAUAAUAACCAUGACAACAUCAAUUUCGAGAGAGAUUCUUAUUCUGCACUGCAACCUUCUGGAAACGAAACCCAUACUAAUGCCAAUCAUCCUGCUGGAAGUCUUGACGACACAUUGCAUAGUGAAUCUGUUCUGAAUAACGUGAAUUUAGUGAAUGAAAGUAUUGAAGGAGUUGGUCAAACUGAUAGUCAAAAACGUACUGGGAAUGAAUCCAUUGAUUUGUCUUGUCAGUUAGGUUGUUCUCAAGCACCUAAGCAAAAACGAACAAAAACAGGAAGUUUAACUGAUGAAGAAACCUCUUUUCAACCAUCAAUCGCUGCUAUCAUAUUCAAUAGUGACUUGAGUUCUGAUGAUGAUGAGCCUAAUGCUACUUCAGUAGAGAAGAAUACACAAUGUAGACUUAAUCGUUCACGUCGAAUACGGUCUAGUCAUAGUCGACAUAUAAGACAUAUUCGUACACGAAGAAUACCAAUUAGUGCCACUUUUUCUGAUUCCGACGUUGUAACUACUCCAUGGUUAAUUGAUUUUUUCCCUAUUGAAGUUCAUUCAAUCAAUUCACAGUCAACAGUAAAUGAAACAUUAAGUGAGCGAGAAGAGCCAGGACAAGAGGAACGAAGAAAUACUUAUCGAGAGGAUGAUGAUAGAGACGAUGAUAACAGUAUAUCAGAAGUCUCUUGCACGUAAGAAUUUAUCAUUUUCAUUGUGAACUGUUCGGCACAUUAAAAAAAACUCAUUCUUCUCGUUAAUGAGAAUGUAUAUCCUCAGGCCGAUAAUUCAGGGUACUUUAUUAUUUUUAAAACAAACGCCAUCUUCUUUAGCAUGCUAUCCAAAUAAGUUGUGGUUCAAUAAAUUAUUCUUUCACAUUAUGAUGCAAUGUAGCUUUGUAACUAAUUGCCGGUUCUUGUUAUCAUUUUUAAUUCACAACUCUUUCUUUAACAGACUGCUGAUAUCACAUGGUUGUCCAGGUAAAAGUACAUGGAAAAGUGCUUAAAUUCACAACUCCAAAUCUGAGUCAUACACACUGCUAAGUCUCUGUUCUGGUCAAUCUAGAUAAAAGUAGUCAAAGUUUUUUAUAAAAAAAACUAGGACAAUUAUUUAAUUCUGUUGACUACGUUUUUCUUUGUCUCUUUGAAUUAAGCACUUUGCUGUGGAUUUUAUAGUUUAUCAUGAAAGGCAUCAUAUUUUAUGUAACUUAAAAUGUCACUUAUUAUUAUUCGCUUAUCUUGAAGCAACUUAAGAAAGCUGUUUAUCAUCUAAGUUUCUACAACUAACAUAUAGUUGUUCAAAAUUCUUGCUAAAGUUCUAUUAAACUUCUCUCUCAGCGUAGUAAAGUACUCCUGAAAUAUAAACAACUCAUCCUGUUGAAAGUUAUGGGUUUCUCUUAAAAUACCAAAGCAUCAAUAAAAACUGAACUUUUUAACACGCUGAUAAAUUUAUUACAGUAUGUAUGACGUCAAACUAAUGAUGAUUAGUUAUUCAAAUGUCUUAUACAAAGUUAACUGUAAUCAUCAUCAUUACGUUGAAUAGAAUAGCCAUUCUGUUUUCUGUAGCGUACAUGAAGGAUUUUAAGUGGUUAAACUAUUUACAGCUCAUCUGAUGUUAGUGAACAUAACCAAGUUCGUCAUAUAUAGGUCGAAUCUUCAAAAAAUCAUUGAUAUCUUUGGAAUAAAUUGGUGACUGAUAGUUAGGCGAAUUCGACAUGCGAAUAAUUUAUAAGUCACGAAGUUGGCUUAAAGGAAUACAAAAUUAAGUGACCAUAACACAGCUAUGAAGAUAAACACCUAUUAGCCAAUAACCUAUGCUACUUUGUAGUGAGAAAUUAAAGUUUGAUCAUUUAUAAUGUAGGCCUUGAAUCUAGUAAUUCAGUUGUCUUACGUUUGUAUUAACAGUUAUAUUUAACACACUGUGAAUAAUUGUUUUUAUUUAAAUUCACCUCUUAUAUUACAUUUUUUAAAGUAAAGUCGUUUAAGAGAAGACUAAGUGAUACUAAAUCAUGACAUACUAUUUCGGACAUUCGUAUCCAUAUCUUUUUGCUUCAUUAUUGAGGAAAUUGAGUUUCAACUAAAGGCUUCUAAGAGCGUAUUUAUAUGGUUAUUGUUGUUUAGUGCAGAAGUUAGUUCAUUCAUAUCCUGUCAGAAACAACUCGAGGAAACAUAUUGGAAAUAAGCAUACUCUACUCGUUCAGAUAUUUAAAAUUGCUAACCAGUUGUUAACUUCACUGUAAUUAUCAGGUGUUACUCCUCGGUUAAGUAGGUCAGUAAUAAAAUAACGUUACUUCAUGUCAAAUUCUAUUACACUACUAGAGUUCUGAAGCAUUUCUACUUGUUAACUUGCCAUGUAGCUCCCCAUUUUUAUGAAACUUUAAUCUACUUGACAAAACUACUGGGUACGGUUAAGAUUAAUCAAACCGAUAGUUAAACUAGUAAGAUUUUUUACGGAAUCCCAAUUACAUCUGUUUCGUUGUAACAUUCCACAGGAGCUAAAGAUUAUUGCUUUGGUCGAGCAAAUUACAUAAUGAUUUACAAUGUAGCAUACUAGACGGUCACUCAUUUGUCGUAUAUCAACUAUUACCAGUUUGUAUUCAGAUUGCAUACUUACUUCCGCCUGUUACUCCCAAGAGAGCAUAGGCCGCUGACCAGCAUUCCCCAACCCACUCUGUCCUAGGCCUUCCUUUCUAGUUCCAUCCAAUUCUUGUUCAUUUUUCUCAUGUCUAUCUCCAUUUCCUAGCGUAAUGUAUUCUUUGGUCUUCCUCUUCUCCUUUGGCCUUGAGGAUUCCAUGUGAGGGCUUGUCUUGUGACGCAGUUGGGUGCUUUCCUCAAUGUGUGUCCUAUCCACAUCCAGCGCUUCUUCCUGAUUUCUUCCUCCACUGGGAUCUGGUUUGUUCUCUCCCACAGUACGUUGUUGCUAAUAGUGUCCGGCCAAUGGAUCUGAAGUAUUUUGCGUAGACAAUUGUUAAUAAACACCUGUAUUUUCUGGAUGAUGGCUUUCGUAGUUCUCCAGGUUUCCGUCCCAUACAGUAGAACUGUCUUGACAUUUGUAUUGAAAGUCCUGACCUUGGUGUUGGUUGAUGGUUGUUUUGAGUUCCAGUUGUUGAGUUUGUCAGUAUCCCAAAGGAAAUCCGUAUUAAACAUUUGUGUUUUCCGCCCCGUUUCCAGUGCUUCUUAAGUUUAAAUUUCAACUUGGCGACCGGCAGAUGAUGAUCUGAUGCUAUAUCAGCUCCUCUCUUGGUUCUCACGUCCUCUAUAGUCCUCCUGAACGUUUUGUUGAUGCAAAUAUGGUCGAUUUGGUUUUGUGUAGAGUGAUCUGGUGAAGUCCAUGUGGUUUUGUGUAUACGUUUAUGUGGGAAUAUGGUGCCGCCUAUGACCAGCUUAUUGAAGGCACAUAGAUUUGCAAAUCUCUCACCAUUUUCGUUUCUUUCUCCAAGUCCGUGUCGUCCCAUGAUGUCUUCAUAUCCAGUGUUGUCCGUUCCAACCUUGGCAUUGAAAUCUCCCAUCAGAAUGGUCAAGUCCUUUGUUGGGCACUUCUCGAUGAUUGACUGCAGCCUAUUGUAGAAUUGAUAUUUAGCGUCUUCAUUGUAGUCGUUGGUAGGCGCAUAGCAUUGGAUGCCGUUCACUGUAAUGCCCUCUUUCUUUGUUUUGAAGGGGGUUUUGAUGAUCCUUAGUCCAUGAGAUUCCCAUCCUAUAAGUGCAUUUUGUUCUUGUUCAGACAGCAUCAAUGUAACUGCCUAUCUAUGUGAGGCAUUUUCUCCUUCAUGGCCGAAGUAUAAUAGAAGCUCCUUUGAAGCUAGUCAUUGUUGUCCAACUUGCGUACAAUGUGUUUCACUGAUUCCAAACAUCUCCAGGUUGUACCUCCUCAUUUCUGCAGCAAUUUGGAAGACUCUCCCGGUGUCCCACAUUGUACGAGCACUCCAUGUACUUAAAUAAGUGGUUGCUCUGGUUGUCAUAAGGGGCAUCGAUUCAGACAGCUGUUUCUCCUAAAAUAACUAAUUUUGAAAACUCUAAUUCCCUUUGCUUGCCAUUCAUUGUAAAGUUCUUGCUAGAUAGCCUGAACAGAUAAACUUAAACGGCUGGGAUGUUUGUCUGAAACCUUUUUAUCUUCAAAUUAAACCACUGGACAUUUAUAUCGUGAUUUAUUUUAUUUCUCAUGUGAUUCGUGUAAUUUUACUUGAUUAGAAUUUUGUCCACAAAAUACAUUUUUUUUUAUAAAUCGCAUAACUUAUAUGUAUGAAAACGUAAAUACUAAUUUCUGUUUAUCUAUCUGUUCAGUGUCAGUUGAAUAACUUCUCUCCCCCACAUCCAUCUUCAUCCACGAUGUAUUCCAAAUAACAAUUGCUAAAAGAAAACAAUAUAUUGUGUUUUGCUGGCAUACUUUGAUGAUAAUUCCGCUAACUAAAUUCAUUAUUACCUAAUUUUGCUACUUUUUCUGUGUUGCUGAUCUCUAUUGCUUUGCGUUAUUGUUCUUUUUUUUAUGUUUUUGUUCAUUGUGUCCACUUAUAGAGUCUUUUAUUAAAUUUGAUAUAGUCAAAUUACGAUUCUUUUGUUCAUUGAAAAUUGUAUGACUUGGUGGUUAACUUAAUUGGUUGUACAUGUGUACUUAUUUGUUUUAGUAACUGGAAUUAACUGUAAACUACCACCUCUUAUUUCAUUUAAUUCAUAUAAAAAACAGACUGUUGUUCAGUUUUGUAAGUGUAAGAAAUACUUUUAAGCUAACGAUAUUAAUAAACUUAAUAACUUGUGGAAUUUGUUUUGCAUGAACUUUUUAUCAAAUAUUUGUUAAUAUAAAGUCAACUUUUUGAAAAUGGUUUAAAUAUGUUCGU